CCAUACAGUUCGAACAUGGUGCAAAGAUGUGUAUUCAGAACAAACUGGGUCACUACGCUAUCCAUACGGUUGCUUUUGCAGGUGCCAAAGAGGCCAUGGAGCUGGUUUUGAAAAUUGGAGAAGAACUGGGCCUUUCCACUUCAGUGCACAUUAAUUAUUUGGAUAAGACCAAAAGUACUCCCCUCCAUCUGGCUGUACGUGGGGGCAACAUUGAGGUGAUCAAACUCUGCAUUAUUAAAGGUGCCAGAGUGGAUCAGCAACAGUGUGACAAAUCCACGGCCCUCCACUUUGCCUGCACUCAGGGUGCUAUGGAGGCUGUCAAAAUCAUGCUUUCUUCUUACAACAAAGUGGAAGACAUCAUCAACAUUAGGGAUGGAGCCAAUCAGACCCCCUUACAUAGAGCCACGUUGUUUGAUCAUGUCGAGUUGGUUGAAUAUCUUAUUUCAAAGAAAGCAGAUAUUGACUGCAUUGACUGUAAGGGACUGUCUCCUCUGCUGAUGGCCUCCAGAUGCGGUGCUUGGAAAACAGUUGUUUUUUUGCUGUCAAUUGGUGCCGAUUACAGAAUCAAAGACAAAGCAGGUUGCAACUUCCUCCACUUUGUCGUUCUUCAACCAAAAGGGCUGAAAAAUCUUCCUGAGACGGUCUUACAGAGUAAUGCCGUGAAGGAGAUGUUGUCUGAUGAGGAUGUUGAAGGCUGCACUCCUCUGCACUACGCCUGCAAACUUGGCAUCCACGAUUCGGUCAAAAAUAUGCUUGGUCUCAAUAUCUUUGUGGGUCAAAAGUCACGGGAGAAGAAAUCAGCGCUUCACUUCGCUGCAGAAUAUGGGCGUAUAAACACAUGUAAGAGGCUGCUAGAGACCUUCACAGACUCUAAAAUGCUCAACGAUUGGGAUGAAAAGGGUCUGACGCCCCUCCAUCUUGCUUCGAAGGCAGGACACACUCAAGUUGUUGAGCUGCUGCUCAGGAGUGGUGCGCUGUUUCAAAGUGAUUACAAAGGCUGGUCCUGUUUACAUCAUGCUGCGGCUGAGGGAUACACACAGACAAUGAAAAUCCUCCUGGCUGCCAAUGUCAAACUUUUGGACAUAACAAAUGAGGAUGGGAACACAGCCCUUCACAUAGCCGCACAAGCGGGACAUGUAGGUGCUGUUUUGCUGUUAUUGGACAGGGGAGCUGAAAUCACUCUCAACAAUGCUGACAACUCUUUUUUACAUGAAGCUGUGCGUAAUGAGAAAAAGGAUGUCGUGAAUGCUGUCAUUGAAAACGAGAGGUGUGGCGAGGCAAUAAAGUCAUUUAAAUUAACAUCCCGCUGUCCAGUGAUGGACAUCAUAGAGUUCCUUCCAGAGUCUUUUAAGCAUCUUCUGGACCGGUGUAUUUCAGAAUCUGAUCAUGAUGCCAACAGUCCGGAUUAUCAUAUAAAGUAUGAUUUUCAGUGGCUUCAGGCUCCAAUACAGUCAAUGAAGUAUGCUAAAGCAGACAAAGCAUUGAAGUACCAACCAUUAGUAGCUAUGAAUGCCAUGGUGCGGUACAACCGUCUGGAGCUCCUCACUCAUCCUGUGAGCCGAAAAUAUCUGGAGAUGAAGUGGAAGGUGUAUGGAAGCAAGGUUCAUUUGCUCAACCUGGCUGUCUACCUGCUUGGCUUGUUGCCCCUCACAUACCUCAUCCUCAAUCUGAGACCAAAGCAGGACGUUUUUGGAAACAACACAUCUGUCAUCAUGGUGCCAGUAUCUUUUAGAGAGCAAAAAAGUUUAAUCUCAGUCUGUAUAAUCAUGGUGCUUGUCUUUAAUGUGUAUUCCGUUUGCAAAGAGCUGGUGCAGUUGGCUCAGCAGGGAAUAAAUUACUUCACAGACUUCUCUAACCCUGCAGAAUGGGGCGCAGCCAUUAGCUCUUUAGUCUUUGUCAUUCCCAUGUGCUUCAGUCUAAAGAAUACGUGGCAAUGGGAGGCUGGAGCUUUCGCCAUUCUGAAUUCAUGGAUAGCCUUCCUGCUCUACUUUCAGAGGUUUGAGCGAAUUGGAAUUUACGUGGUGAUGUUUGGUGGAAUCAUUAGGACCCUGUUGUGCAUCAUGAUUCUCUUUCUCUUUCUCUUACUCGCAUUUGGAUUGGCCUUCCACGCUUUGAUGCUCCACCAGGACGAGUUCAGCUCCAUCAGCCUUGCAUUAGCCCAGACGUUUGUGAUGACAGUAGGAGAGCUGAACUACCAGAGCACAUUUCUGAAUGCUUAUGAAAAUGGCCGCAUGGCGUUCCCCGGGGUCACCUAUUUUAUCUUUUUGAUCUUUGUGCUUCUCAUGCCUAUUCUUCUCAUGAACCUAAUGAUUGGUUUGGCAGUAGGAGACAUUGCAGAGGUACAAAGAAAUGCAGAGUUGAAGAGGAUAGCCAUGCAGAUAGAUCUUCACACUGCCCUUGAGGAGAAGCUACCUUACUGGUUCCUGAAGCGGGUUGACAAACCAACAAUCACCAUCUAUCCCAAUAAAUGCAAGAAAAUGCUGAUACAGGCGCUCAUUGAGGGUGAGAUCCAAAACACAGUUCGCACCCGUCUGAACCUCCACUCACAGCAAGAAGGGCCUCUGGAGAGAGAGCUGCACAAACAGAAGAGCAGGUUGAAAGAGAUGUCCUGUGUGCUGGAGAAACAGCAUAACCUGCUCAAGCUGAUCAUCCAGAAAAUGGAAAUCACUUCUGAGGCUGAUGAAUACGACGGCCCACAUAACCCUACAGCUCUGAAACAGCCCACUUCCUCCUCAUCUCAGAAGUCAAAAUGGGUCCCGCUGCUGCAAGCUAUUAAGACAAAGAAGUGAUAUUAGAGAUGAUGACAUCAUGUAAAAAAUAUAAGCCAAAUAACCAACCAUCAUUACUUAUAUAGACUCUAUGUUGUUGCGAUUUAGUAUUUUAGUUUUAGUUGUUCUUCUUAUCUGCUUAAGUGUAAUUGUGUAAUCAUAAAUUCAAUAUGUAUUUAGAUAAUAUAAGACAGUCUGUUUAAUCAACUUAAAUUUUAUAAUGAACUUUGAAGAGAAGUGUUUGCAUGAUAUCUAGUGCUUUAAUACAUAAUUAAGAUCUUAUAGCAUUUGGAAUUGAUGCACUGACAAGCUUCUAAAGCAGACUUUAAACUCCGUAAUGUAUCUCAAAUAGAUUUAUUACACUAAUCAGUCCACAUUUGUGCUCAACGUGUAGAAAAAAAAUAGCAUGUGAAUCUGGCCUCGUGCCCGGAUGUAGUAACCCUGAGAUGCUUGGACAUUCCAAACACUAAUUUCAAAGUAGUUCUGCCAAAGGGGAGCACAAGUGUGUAACCCUUAUUUUUGGGUAUUAAUUAGUCCAUUUUGUAUUAUAUCCACCACUACAUCAUGAUGGGAUUCCAACGAAAGCUGCAUUUAAUAAAACCAUCUUGUUGA